CUCCCACACACGGCUCAAUAAUCGCCAGCGACCCGUCACUCCCCUCUUAACUUGAGGAAACCCAAAGGUAAACUUUAGGAAGACAGCUGAAAAGUUUUUAGCAAUUGAAUGUAGUCGUUUAAUAAAAUAAUCUCUGCAAAAUGAACGGCAUGACAUCUGAAGCAACACGGGGUAAGAAGUCUUCGCUUUGACGCGCAACGCAAACUACAAAUGGACGGGACGUGCAGGUUCAUUUUGGGAAUACUAGCUGUUGUCCUAUGCAAAUACUCCCAAGCUGAAUGGAAUACCACAAAGACACCAGCGAAUAGGACUGUGUCCUGCGAUCACCAUGACAACUGCACAGAUUCAAAUGAGGACCAUACAUGGAGUGGACACUUCUCUAAAUGUCCAAAAGAAUACAAGCAUUACUGUAUCCAUGGUGUUUGCCGUUUUGUAAAGGCGCAAAACACUCCUUCAUGCAGAUGUGAAACGGGAUACAUUGGCACUCGGUGUGAAUAUCGUGAUCUUGAUCUCCGUGUUGAAGAACGAAAGAAAAUAGUCAUUGCAUGUGUGGUGGCAGGAUUGGUCUUUCUGAUUCUGCUCAUCGUAUUCAUAUGCGUCUGUACACACAAACGAUAUAAACCGUGUAGAAAAAAGAAAAGAAAAAAGGAAACAAGUGAUGAAGAUGAGAAGCUCAGUUCACUAAACACACAUGAAGCUUUAACUGCUCCAGUCGACACCUCCGACACAAAUGCUGUAUGAAAAACCAGGGUGAUGCUAACUUCCAAAAUAUGUCAUCCUUCAGCAUUCUAUUGAAAAUGAUGCAGGAAAUUCACCUUGUGUUCCAAGAAAGAAAUAAAGUCAUACAGGUCUGGAACAGCAUUCAUUUUGAAUGUCAAAAUUCCUUGUCAUUUUUAAAGAGGACACACUGCCACCUACAGGACAACAGAAGAAGUUCUUGUGCAUCAAUUGCCAAGUGAACAGCAUUUUGGUCAUUAUAAUAAAGCUGAUUACCAAUUUUUUCCCCCUUUGUCCCACAGUCAAUCCCACAAUAGAAUUGAUGUUACCUUGAGGGUCACAAACCGCAAUCAAAUGUCUCUUAUCUGUUGCACUUUUCUUUCUCUACGGGAGCAGUUACAAUGCUAUCAUUUUGCACAUCUCAUUAACACACCCAGAAUCACGGAACAGCUGGAAGUCCAUCUGCUUUUUGUCAGAGAGCUGUGGAGAGCUUGACCAGAACCCAGCGUUGCACUUGUAGCAGGUGGCUUUGAGUAAUUGACCAUGCUUUGACCCAGCAGAUUGGGAUCCGGUCCAUUUGGCAGACUUUAAAUUGUGUAGUUUAAACCUGGUUCUUUAUAUUACUCUCAAGGUCUUUUGAACUGGUCUUGACAUGGUCUUAAAGGUGAAUGAUGUUUCAUUCUUUCUCAUGCUUCUAGUGUGUAACAGUAUGUCAGCAUGUCUCGCCACACAUUAUAUAAGGACAAAGAAGAGACCUGCAGGAGCAAUUUGUUACAAUAACAAAUGAUCAAUAUGGAAAUGGAGGUUUAAAUUAAAAAGUAAGUGAAUGUCAAGGUGAUUUGAAAUUGCUGUGUUAUUUUUAGCCAAUGAUGUGAAACGGUUUUAAAUGGAGUGUGUUUAUGAUUUAAUAUUAAUCUACCAAAAAGGGCACAAUGGGGGUGAUGCUGUCUUGACUAAAAAUACCAAAUAUUAAAAAGGGGCUAUGUGUA